AUGGAACUUGACACAGGAUGCGAUUACUGUGGUGCUACCGAAACGUUAGCUCAUGCUCUUGUUGAGUGUCCAAAAGCAAGACUUUGUUGGCAGUUUUUUGGUGUUCAACCUAAUAUUGGCAACUUUCCAAAUUUCUUACAGAUGCUCGAACAUUUAAACAAGGCGUGGGAGAGCGCAUUUUUUGACAGUUUUAUUAUGGGCUUGUGGAGUGUUUGGCUGAGCCGUAAUGAGCUAAAAUGGAACCAUGUGGAAGAAGGACCUUAUCAUGUGGUUACUCGAGCCAGAAGUGUGCUUGCAUCUUGGAAGAAAGCCCAGCUGAAGUUGUCAGGUUCGGAUACAGGCAUAGGUGCUUCUGCAGGUAGUCAAUGGCUUCCGCCACCUACUGGCACUUUUAAAAUAAACUUUGAUGUUACUCUUCUCCCCUCUGUUGGCCAUGGAGCUAUCGGUGCUGUAAUCUCAAACUGCCAUGGCGGGUUCGUAUCAGCAGCAAUGUCUUCUCUGCAUGGUUGUUCUUCCCCAGCAGUAGCAGAAGCUCAAGCGUUAAGAAAGAGGGUGGAGAACCUUCCAGCGAAGAGAAAGGCAAAGCAAUGGCUUAAAGAGUUUGAUUUAAGCUUGUUAAACCUUGUGUUUAAGGUUUCAAAUUCAUGGUCAAACGAGAGUAAAAUUGGUGGUGAUCUUACUGGAGGGUAA